UCACUACGUCAUGUCAUCGACACCAUCAUCCUGUCCCCCCUAAAACACGUUCCAUCCAUUGACACACUCGCGACGAGAUGAUCUCCCUCCUUCAUCUCCCCACGGAGGUCCGUCUCAACAUCUACCGCCAUCUGAUCCCCAGUAUACCUGUCCGCAACGGCCUCAUCCUCCGCAGUGGAUUCGCGCGCUCUGGCCCUCCCCCCUCCCUCCGUCACGACGGUCAGCCUUGUGCCGCCGCGCUUCUCCGCACAAGCCGCACCGUGUACCACGAGCUCGUUCGCGAGUGGUAUGGCACCGUCCCAUACGAGGUCUCCCUCGACUCCAGAUACAUCGUCUUCUGCGGCCGCAUCUUCUCCCCCUACGCGCCCCUCCCAGACACCCUCCGCUUCGUCACCCGGCUCGAGCUGCGGCUUUCCCUACAGCGCACCCCGCACGUCGUCCGCGACACGGCCGUCGUCGAGACCCUCCUCGCCUUUCGAGACCAUCUCACCUCCCUCGCCCGCUGUCUGGGCAAUCGCGCGCGCCGCUGUCUGCGUGAACUCGUCGUCCGCCUGGCGGUCAAUGUCCCGCUGCUUUUGAGUUUGAGUAAGACGCCAAUCGAGCUACUCGAGCUGCUCGACUGGAAUCUUGCCCCCCUGCGCGCGCACGUCGCUGGGUUGGACGUUGUAGAGUGGGAGUUGCAAGAGCAGAGCUAUGGCAUUCAAAGUCGCGAGUUCUGCGACUCGUACGCUGAGUUGCGAGUCGUCAUGGAGGGCUUCUUGAAUGAGAUGCGGCUGGAGAUGCUGGCGUGGGGAAAGGACCUUUGUGUUUGAGCAGGCGGGGUCUAGGUCACUGGUGAGAUAAUACUGCAUUUUUAGAGAAAAGAUCGGGCGGUCAUAUAUAAUCCAUAUAAUACCAUUGAAUUGAAG